AAAAAGCCGACGUGGAGAAUGGGGAGCUAUGGCGUGACUGGCCAUGUGCGGGACCUGCAUCGACGAGCCUCCGACAUCGUUUGGCGUCGAGCAGAGCUCCAUCUAAAAUAUACGGAUCGCGAUAGACCCACAACCCUCUCGCUUUUGCAUCUACUCUUCCGUAUGUGAACGGACAAGUCGUCAGGAUGAACUGGAAAUCGACGGUAGCCUUGCUGGCCGGCCUGGCAGCCUUGGGCCAAGCAGAGACCUCCCGUCGCCCCAACAUCGUCUUCAUCUUGACCGACGACCAGGACUGGCAUAUGCACUCUUUGGACUACAUGCCAUUGCUGCAGAAAUAUGUGAUUAAUGAGGGGACGUUGUACGACAAUCAUUACUGUACCGUCUCCGUCUGUUGUCCCAGCCGCGUCAACCUUUGGACAGGCCGAGCAGCUCACUCGACCAACGUCACCGAUCUCUUCCCACCGUACGGGGGAUACCCGAAGUUCGUUCGGGAGGGGUUGAAUGAAGACUGGUUUCCCGUGUGGAUGCAAAAUGCUGGAUACAACACAUACUACACGGGCAAGCUAUUCAAUUCGCACAGCAUCGACAAUUAUAACGACCCAUAUGUCAAAGGCUUCAAUGGCUCCGACUUCCUCCUCGACCCCUACACCUACGAGUAUUACAAUGCCUACAUGACCCGCAAUGGAGCGCCGCCGGUCAGCUACGCGGGCAAAUACUCCGUCGAUGUCGUCGCUGAGAAGGCCUAUGGCUUCUUGGACGAGGCGACUCUGCACGAGGAGCCUUUCUUCCUGGGCAUCGCCCCCGUGGCAUGUCAUUCGAACGUCAAGUUCACCCCUCCCUUGACCUUCGACACGGCUUUCUACGCCGAGCGCCACGCCCAUCUGUUCAAGGACUAUAAGAUUCCGCGUGUGGCCAACUUCAACCCCGAUGUGCCCAGUGGCACUGACUGGGUUCGCAAGCUGCCUCAGCUGAAUGAUACGGUAAUCGAGUAUCAUGACGAGUUUCAACGGUCCCGGUUGCGGUCGCUGCAAGCGGUAGAUGAAAUGGUGGAGGAGUUGAUCCACAAGCUGGAGGCAAAGGGUAUCCUUGACAAUACCUACAUCUUCUACACCACGGAUAAUGGUUACCACAUCAGCCAACAUCGCUUGUCGCCUGGCAAGGAAUGCCCGUAUGAGGAGGAUGUCCAUAUUCCACUGGUCGUCCGUGGACCGGGCAUCCCGGCCGGCCACACAGCGGGUGUCAUCAGCUCACAUACCGACCUGAGUCCCACAAUGUUGAAGAUUGCGGGAAGCAAAGGCAGCGAGAAAGUCGAACUCGAUGGUUUCCCGAUUCCCCUCACCAAAGAGGAACUGGCUUCACCAGAGUCCGGCGAGCACGUCAACAUUGAGUUCUGGGGCCACGCUCUGCCCGAGGGCAAGUACGGCAAGAUCGGAGACGACCCUCUUCCUCACUUUCCCGGCACCGACUUCAAGGACUUGGAAAUCUCCGUUCGCAACAAUACCUACAAGACCGCUCGUGUGAUUGGCAAGGGCUACAAUCUGAUGUAUACCGUCUGGUGCUCGGGCGACAAGGAGUUUUACGAUCUUGAGCGAGAUCCGCACGAAAUGAGCAACCUCCUCCACAAGGACCACGCGCAUCUACAAUCCUCCUACCAGCUCGCCGGCCGCUCAUUCAAGCGCGUCCUCAGCCGGAUUGACGCCCUUCUCAUGGUGCUGAAGUCAUGCUACGGCAAAGAAUGCCACGAGCCGUGGAACACCUUGCACGGGAGCUCCAAAGUCAAGAAUCUUCGACAGGCGCUUGAUUCCGAGUAUGAUGCUUUCUACGACGAUCAACCCCGCGUCAGCUUUUCGUCGUGCGAGAUGGGUUACCUGAAAGCGGCAGAGGGGCCACAGCAUGUGAAUAAGUGGGAUGAUGAGAAACAUGGCGUCGCUCCGGUGAAUGUGGAUGGCAAGCAGCAGAGCUUCCAAUACACUGGGCCCAUUGAGUGGUGGACUUAGUUGACCCCAACGUGGCCUGAGAGGAUGAUACGGUACACUGGUUGUUGGUGUAGGAAGGAUGGUAAGCACAUAGAAACAUGGUACACAUGGUACACAUAGCAGAAGAAACUAGA